GCUUCCUUCCCCUUCAUCCGAAGAGCCUCCAGCCAGGGGAGCGGUGGCCACAGCAGCGAGUGACAGCCAGUCCACAUGGCUGGGGACACCGGGAUGGCCGUGAAGGUGGCGCUGCUCCUGUGGGCCCAGACCCUCAGCCUCUCAGGAAUGCAGACCACUCAGCUCCUGGUGGAUCCUCCCUGGAGGCCGGCAGUGCUGUGGGACCGGGUGACACUGACCUGCCAGGGCUCGGGGACUGUCGGUGCCACCACCUGGUACAAGGACGGGCAGCGCUGGGGGCAGGAGCGAGGCAACCACUUCACUGUCACCGAGAGUGGCACCUACAUGUGUGACAGACCCGGCAGUGGGCUUAGCCCUCCCGUGAACGUCUCAGAUGGUGAGGACAGUUUGUGUCCCCAGCCUGGCACCCACGGGAACCCUGAGGACUCUGGGCAGGCUCAACUCCAUGGGUCACCUCCUGCUGUGAACAGAGUCUGUCCCCUACAGACAGGGACAUCCCAGAGCAUGCCAGUGGGGAGGGACCCUUGUGUUGAAACUGGGGAAGCCUGGUGCACUGGUUGUGUCCCAAUAUUGGGGUCCCAGUGACAUCAGGACCCUCCAGACCCCUGUGAUGUGACGGCACCCCUCUGCCCCCCAGACCAGCUGGUGCUGCAGGUGCCGGCACGGCCACUGGUGGAGGGGGACACGGUGACACUGCGCUGCCGGUACAGGCCGAAAAAGAUUGUCAAUUGGGUGUACUUCUAUCGCGAGGAGACGGAACUGGGGCGGCUCCGCAAUGGGACCGAGCUGUUACCAUCCCCUCUGCAGCUGAACCACAGUGGACGCUACUUCUGCAAGGCCUGGGUGAACUACGGGGCAUCACAGCGAUGGGAGGAGUCAGCGCCAGUGACAGUGACAGUGCACAUGCCCGUGGCCAAUGCCACCAUCACCCUCAGUCCCUUGGCACACCAGGUGCAUGCAGGUGACCCUGUGACCCUGCGCUGCUCAGUGCAGGUGGGCUCAACCCCUGUCAACUUCACCUGGCUGCACAACGGGCAGGAGGUGGCCCAGGGUCCCGUCCUGGAGCUUAGGGAUGUCGAUGUGAGACACUCAGGCUUGUACCAGUGUGUGGCCACCAACCAGCUGGAUGGGCACCAGGCACUCAGCCCAGAGCUGGCACUGAAGGUGACACCAUGGGGACACAGGGAUACAGUUGCCGCAGGUGUAGGUUGGGCCCUUUUCUUCCUGCUCCUGCUUGUGGCCGUCAUUGUGGCCUGGCACCAGUGGCACCGUGUGGCCACCAGGAAGAAGCAGGAAAGGGUCCCCCCAGAGUCCCCGGCCCUCCCAGAGGAGGGGGAGGUUCUGUACACCCACGUUGUGAGCACCAAACAGGCGCAGCGGCUCCCUCGCGUCACCAACCCCCUGUAAUCCUAGGUGACCUACGCAGAGCUGCCAGGACCACAUAGGCAACCACGGAAGCCCAGUGACAUCAAUGAGGUUGUGCCAUGACACUGGGGGAAACUGGGAGGCACUGGGUGUCCCCACCCAUGGGCACCCACUCGACUGUGUGCUGCCACUAAAAACUGCCCCUCUCCCCCCCUGUGGAGGCAUAAAGAUCACAAAGGGCUGAGAGAAGAACAAUUUCCUGAAACAGCAACCAGAGAAAAUAAAACCAACAGCAAAAGCAACAAGCUUCAGAGUCCAAAUGGUCACAAAAGGAACGAUUUCCUGGAAAAGCCUCCAAAACAGAGGCAAACUCCAGUCAUUUCCCCCAGCACAUUUCGUCUACCAGAGGAAUCUGGAAGGGCCCUGAACCUUUCUUGCUCUGAUGGCCAAAGAGGCCUUCAGGAGGCUCUGGAUUCUCUUGUCCCCUGUUCCAAACCCCUCCUCUGCCCUGUUCCCCACAUGAAGAUGUCACAGAGGCCCUGUGGCAGUUCCGGAGCCUCCCCCUUUGCCAGGGCAGUUGGGAUCAGGCCAUGGCACAGGGCGAGGUGUCAGAGACAGGAAAAG